CAGUUUGGGCUGCUCUUUCAUGGGCAAAGGCCCAAUCCAGCCCUCAAUUUUAGAGGCUUGCAGAAAAUAAAGGUUUACUAAGAUUAGUAUCCAGUCCUUGCGCAGAGAGAGAGAGGGAGAGAGAGAGAUAAGGGAACUGAAGCAAAGAAAUGGCUCGUCAUCUCCUGGUGACUGACUUCAUUCUCCCUCUGAAAAGCCCUAAGCUCUCUUACUUGUGUGAGCCACAGAAAGGAAGGUCUAAUGGGUCGCAAAAAGUUUCUAGAACUGUUGCUUACUAUGGGCUAAAGACGCCUCCUUAUAAGCUUGAUGCUUUGGAACCAUAUAUGAGUAAGAGGGCAUUGGAGGUACAUUGGGGUGUGCAUCAUCGUGACUUUGUAGAAGAUCUGAAUAAACAGCUUGGGAAAAGUGAUAUACUGUAUGGCUACACUAUGGAUGAACUUGUCAAAGCAACUUACAACAAUGGGAACCCCCUAGCUGAAUUUAACAAUGCAGCAGAGGUGUGGAACCAUGACUUCUUUUGGGAAUCUAUGCAACCAGGAGGUGGCAACAUGCCCAAACUUGGUUUACUUCAGCAGAUUGAAAAGGAUUUUGGGUCUUUCACAAACUUCCGAGAAAAGUUUGUAGAAGCAGCUCUUACACUAUUUGGCUCUGGCUGGGUUUGGCUUGUUUUGAAGAGGCAUGAGAAACAACUUGCGGUAGUCAAAACAUCAAAUUCAAUCAAUCCACUUGCAUGGGAUGACAUUCCCAUCCUCAAUUUGGAUAUGUGGGAGCAUGCUUAUUAUUUGGAUUACAAGAAUGACAGGGGGAAAUAUGUAAACGAAUUUAUGAACCACCUUGUGUCUUGGAAUGCUGCAAUGGUACGCAUGGCACGUGCAGAGGCGUUUGUGAAUUUUGGCGAGCCUGAAAUUCCUAUUGCUUGAAAUGCCUAGUCCCAAAGCUCUAAGCCUGUGACUAAAUGGAAUCAGGAAGCCUCUCACUUUGAUGGCAGGAAUUGGCAAUGGUCUUUGGUUUUCUUACUUGUGCUACACCCUGAAGUUAUCAAAGCAUGCAAAUUCACUGCAGCCCCUGUUUGGAUGAAGAGAAAGUGUUGGUUGUGCUGCUACUUAUCCCCAAUAUGCAAAUCCUCUGCUUGUGAUGGCGGUGCUGAUGGUAGUUUGGCAGGGAGGGGUUGACAAAAGCGUUCUAACUUCUAAGCAAGACAACGGAUAGUAAAGAGAAAGAAAAAGGAGAGUAGGAGGGAUAAGAAGACCACAACAAGGAUAGUAGGCUAGACAUAGUAGCUUUUUGACUAGGCAUUGUUGUUUCAAGCCUGUGACUAUUAUACAUCCUUUACCCAAAAUGUUGGUUCACCUUACUAAUGAAAUUGGACCAAUAUGAACCUUUUAUUUUUUUAGUAAGGUUUUGCUUUUACUUUUGUGACUGAAAAGACUAGCUGCUAACUAGAGUGAGCUUUUGUUAAUAUUGCUGCCUCUUAAUUUUCUUUAUGUUGUAGAUUUAACUUGGAUAGGGUGACCGUGGAAACACCAUACUUAUGGUUUCCAAAAGUAUCAGCUUGGGCAUCUCAUUCUUGUUACCAAAUGAGAAAGUGUCAUUCUUAUGGUGAUGCUGUU